GUGACUGUCGCAAUUGCUGGAGGAGGCUCGGCCAUGGCCUCAAACAUCAUUGCCGCUAUUCUUGCAACCAAAAAGCACCAACUCGUCAUCCUCUCUCGCUCUCCACGCCCCGAACUCGAAGAGCAAGGCGCAAUCGUUAAAAUCGUCGACUACAGCUCCCACGAACAACUCACCAACGCUCUCCAGGGCGUCCACACUGUUCUCAGCUGCAUCUGGGCCUAUGGCCCGGCUGUAGGCACCUUGCAAAUCGCUCUACUGGAGGCGGCCAAGGAGGCCAAGGUAAAGCGAUUCGUGCCCUCGGAGUGGUCUAUUCCCGCAUACGACCAAGUGGCAUAUUACAAGUCCAAGGAGCCCGUCUGGGAGGCAGUGAAGAGGUCGGGACUGGAGUACACGCGGUUUAUCAACGGUCUGUGGAUGAACGUCUGGGCUCCAGGCGCCCCGCGAGACGAAGUUGUUGCUCGAGCUGGAUACCAGGGCCCGCCCUUUUUGCUCGACAUCAACAGCGGCAGCAUCACGAUUCCCGGUGACGGUUCCGGCGUCAUAAGCGUGACUGACAUGCGAGACGUCGGAAAGUAUGCCGCUGCGUCGCUGGAUUUCGAAAAGUGGGACGAGGACAGCGUGAUUGUGGGCGACAAGUUUACUGUCAACGAACUCGUCGACAAGAUUCAGAAGACGACGGGAAAGUCUCUCAGCAAGUCGUACCUCUCUCUGGAUGCCAUU